AUGUCUCCUGUUGAACUGCCGAAUCAUCAACGAUGGGUUUCAGCUGUUGGAAAUGAAGUUCGUCUCCGACUAAUGCUGGGAAAUGAGAAAGUAGAGGAGCUAGCUCGGGAGGCUAUUCGUCGAAAAUACAAUUCCACCGACGACUGCGCCUCAUCACAGUUUUGGGAUGUCGUACCAUUGAUCAUUGAAACCUUAAUGGCCUACAUUGUCCAAGAUAGUUCGUCACCGGUUGCAGGUGUUGAUCCCUAUCGUGCUAUACAUCCAAAUUCUUUGUAUCUAACAUUCCGGUUUCGCUGCACAACGGAAAAGAAAGCUCGCAAUGUGGCUGAGAAAUUGUUCAACGGCGAUUAUGAAAUUGAAAUUGCGUUCUAUUUUGGCGGUAUACGUGAAGCACAAGUCAAUUUCGUGUCGAUUACAGGUGACCAGUUGAAAAGUGUAUUGAGUAAGACGACAGCAGACGGCGGUAAUACAAAUGCAACGUACAUACAUCGUAAUCAAGCAUCCAAAUACGUUGGGAGAUAUGUUGCUAAUGUAAAGAAAAUGAUGUACAUUGAAAAUCCAAAUGCAAAUUUGUCGCAGAUGACCGAUGGUUUAGAUGAUCAGUUUACAGCAUUGUUACAACAGGGUAAGAUGACAGCAUGA